AUGCCGGCGAGCGGGGAAGCGCCGCACCAGGUGCUGGGCCGGCUGCGGUUCCUGCUGCAGUGCAGCGAGUGCUUCCGCCGCUCCCGGGCGCUGCCCGCCGCGCUCUGCUACGUGCCGCGGGAGGUGCAGUACAAGAUCUGCAAGGACCCCGCCGCCGCCGCUGCCGCCGCCGCCGCCCGCAGCCUGCUCAGCGUCUGGGACAGCCCGGGGUCGGCGCGGGGCGGGAAGCGGGCGGCGAGGGCCACCAUCGCGGUGCGGAAGGGCGGCUGCCUCCGCGCCACCGGCGAGGAGUACUGCAACGGCGCCGGGCUCUGGAUCAAGCUCAGCAAGGAGCAGCUGGAGGAGUACACGAGCAGCCAUGACCUGGCUGAGGGCUGGCUCCUGGCGCAGAGGUUUGGAGAGGGAGGAGAUAAGUUGGUCCCGGUUGACUCCGUGAAGACCAUCCAGUGGCAGCACCAAACGCUCGGGGUUGAUUAUAAACCCGUGGUCAGCUGGGAACAACUGGUGGACCUGACCUACUCCAUGCACCUGGGAGAGAAGCCCAGACUCAUAGAGCAGGAUGAGGCCGCGGUGCAGAAGUUUCGGUCCGUGCCCCCGGGCUGGAGCUACGAGUGCGACAUGGAGCUGGGGCGCUUCCUGUAUGAUCACAGCGAGAGAGAGCUGCAGCGCAGGGACUGCACCAAGGAGCACCUCAGCAGUGUAGAGGUCUCCUCACAGGUGGAGGACUGCAGCGCAGCCCAUCUGACGGACAACCAGCCAUACACCUUCUGGGAGAGCAACGGGCCCCGGGGGCAGCACUGGGUGCGGCUCAACAUGAAGAAAGGCGCCGUUGUCAAGAAGCUGUGGGUGAUGCUGGAUGGGCAGGUCAGCUCCUAUGUACCCAGGCGGGUGGCUCUGUAUGGGGGGGCACCGAACAGGCUGCAGCACCUGAGAACCGUCCUAAUUAAUGAGAACAGCUUCCAGGACGUCUGCAUCCUCCGUGACAUGAAGACCCACCUGCCAAUGCUGGAAAUCCGCAUCCUGGAGUGCCGGGACCAAGGGUACAAUGUCCGCCUGCGAGGGAUUAAGAUCAAGUCCUUCUGGGAGUGGGACCUGAUCCUCAAUGCUGACAUGUUCCAGCCAGCCCAGCUGGUGCGCUACCCUCUCCUGGAAGGGGUGGAUGCCAACGUGCUGUACCGGCGGGCUGUGCUCAUUCAGAGGUUCGUCCAGCUCCUGGACAGUGUCCUGUGUUACCUGACCCCCCCCUCUGAGGACAGCAUCGGCACCUUCAAUGCACUCAGGAACAUGAAGCCGUUCCUGAUGCUGUCCAAGCAGAGCACAGCCCUCAUCACCCACUGUCUCCAGUCCUCGGAGAGCACUCCCCCUCACGCCCCACCAAAGGUGAACAUCAACCGGCACCUGGCUCGGGAGCACCGUGCCAACCCCGCGCGGGACCCCAGCUGCAGGAACACCGUCUUCACCCAGCUGUACGAAGGCCUUAGAUCUUCCAAGAACAAUCAGCCCCUGGACUACAGGUGGCCCCUGAGCUACAGCCAGUGGUGGGAGUGCGAGUUCAUCACUGAGGGCAUCAUCGACAACGGCGGCGGUUUUCGGGACAGCCUGUCAGAUAUGUCGGAGGAGCUAUGUCCUAGCUCGGGCGAUGCCCCCGUGCCCCUGCCCUUCUUCGUGCGCACCUCCAACCAGGGUAACAGCAGCAGCAACACCAGGGACAUGUACGUCCCCAACCCCUCCUGCAAGGACUUCCCCAAGUAUGAGUGGAUCGGGCAGCUGAUGGGAGCAGCCCUGAGGAGCAAGGAGAUUCUGAUCCUGGCUCUGCCGGCGCUGGUGUGGAAGCAGCUGGCAGGGGAGGAGGUCAGCUGGAGCAAGGACUUUGCCGCCGUGGACUCAGAGCUGGUGAAGCUGCUGGAGGUGCUGGAGGGGGUGGACAGGGAAGCCUUUGAGUUCAUGUUCGGCAGAGAGCUGACCUACACGAUGGUGCGGAGCGACCAGCGCGUGGUGGAGCUGAUCCCCGGCGGCAGCAGCACUGUGGUGCGCUACGAGGACCGCAAGGAGUUCAUCCGCCUGGUGCAGAAGGCUCGGCUGGAAGAGAGCAAGGAGCAGAUCGCAGCCAUGCGUGCCGGGCUGCUCCGUGUGGUGCCCCAGCCUGUGCUGGACAUGCUCACCUGGCAGCAGCUGGAGAAGAAGGUCUGCGGGGACCCUGAGAUCACGAUGGCUGAACUGCGGAAGUUCAUCACGUUUGACGACUUUCCCUCUGACGACACCCGUGUCCAGAAAUUCUUGGAGGCGCUCAGCAACUUCACCAGCGAGGAUCUCAGCCGCUUCCUCAAGUUCGUCACUGGCCGGAGCCGCCUCCCAGUUCAGAUCACUGUCUACCCGGAAAGGACAAACUUGAACACAUUGGACCUGAUGCCACAGGCCUCCACGUGCUCCUGCAGCUUCUUCUUGCCCAACUAUUCCUCGGCCAAGGUCUGCGAGGAGCUGCUGCGGUAUGCCGUGUACAACUGCAUUUCCAUCGACACCGACAAGGACACCUGGGACGAAUGAGGCCCCCCAGGUGCCCCAUGGUGUGGGAGCCGCCCGCCCCGGGGACACUGGAUUCAAUAAAACUGCAGGGCCGGAUCCUGCUGU